GGAUCUACUUAAAAGACAAAAGGGGCCUUUUACCGCGUUUCUUCUAUACUCCCACAUUGAGCCCCAUACUAUCAGACACCGGAUGUCAUCAACAUUCUCUACUCAACUUUUUUCAUCUUUCCUUGUUUAAUCUGAUUAUUGUUGGCAUCAUUGCUUGAUGAUGUUCCGCAACAGAAACAACUCUCAGAAGAAGCCAGACAACGAACUCAUUCAGAAAUUUCAAAGAGCCUUCUCUGAUGUGAUACCUGGGGCUGCGCAAUCGCAAGAAGACAAUGGCUCUGUCGGAGAUGCUGCUGAGCUCGUAGAUCGUACGAGCAGACUCCAUGUACCCAACAACGACGCUAAAACGAUCGAUACACAAGAACUUCCUCGCGUGGACCCAUUCACUUCUCUCGUCGACCCGAAUGCCCUUUCCUUGUUGUCCUUCGCCCACCAACCGAACGGUCUCUUGACUCCCAACCUUGGCGGCUUCAACCCCGCGUUCCACAGCCAACAUGCCGGCGACUUGCACACCCCCAGCAUGGGAUUGGACAUGAUGAAUUCGCUCUCGCAGGUGGUGGCCCCCAUGGAUCAAGAUGCAACAGGCAUGAGCCUCGACCAGUUUGGUCAACCGCUCUUCUCAAACUCGAACCCCUUUCAAAACCAACAACCUUUCGCCCAGCAGCCGACAUUUGCCCCGCCAAGUGUGCUCGUACAUCGUGAUUCGGGAUAUGACGCCGCCAUGGAUGAAUCAAUCGAGAACUCGUCGCUCAAUGAUUUUGAUAUGCAGGCGAAUUCACCGGUGAAAUUGUCGCAGAUGCCAGAGCAACCUAACAUGCUUGCAGAUCAAAAAUUCCGAUACAAUGUGACGUUGCGCGCUCCGACUGCCAUGAUCAAAAGCCCGGGAGAUAUUCCAAUCACGUAUUUGAACAAAGGCCAAGCGUAUGGCCUAUCCAUAGUCGAUUCGAGCCCCCCUCCCAUGAGCACAAAGCCGGUUCAAUACCGAACAUUCGUUCGGGUGUCGUUCCAAGAGGAAGAACAACGGGCAAAACCGGCUGCAUGCUGGCAACUGUGGAAGGAGGGUAGAGGUUCGAGCGAGGCGCAUCAGCGCGGCGGCAAGCUUCAAGCAGUCGAGUACGUUGAUCCGUUCCAGGGUGGAGACGAGGACCGGAAAGGUCGCCAGGUUCAGAUCGAAAGCACUUCGUUCGAUGGUUUCUGCGUCACAUGGACCGCGAACCCCGCCACAGCGACAUCCGAUUGUACGAUUCCUGUUCGGUUCAACUUCCUCUCCACGGAUUUCAGUCAUUCCAAGGGUGUCAAGGGCAUUCCUGUUCGGCUGUGCGCGAAGACUCAAUUGAUAUCUGACGACGGAGCCGGGCAGGAGCACGAAGUGAGCUAUUGUCAAGUUAAGCUUUUCCGUGAUCACGGCGCUGAACGUAAGCUAUCGAACGACGUGGCCCAUGUGAAGAAGACAAUCGAAAAGCUCCGGCAACAGACUGCUCAAGCAGAAAUUGGCGCCGGCAACAACGGGAAACGGAAGCGCGUCAAUGGCUCUGUUGCUGUCAAUGGCGGGGAUUAUCGUCCCCCGAAGAUCACGAAACACAGACGGACAUGGUCGAUGGAUUCACGGGAUGGUACCGAGAGGAUUUCUCUGGAGGAUGAUCUGCAUGCCAAGCUGGCGGCAAUGCAGGAGAUGUUCACCUCGACCAGACCUGUCAGUAGCCUUAAUUUGCAAGGAGAGGACCAGGACGAUCCGGAUAUGUUCCCGGUCCAACUUCCGGGUAGCACUCAUUCCGGUAAGAAACCGGAACUCAGCAUUCGGGGAACUCGGUCGAGCUUUGACGGUGUGCUGUCGCCUGCGACGAGUAACCUCUCAAACUCUCCACGCGCAGUCUGGAAUCAAAUUCCCGGACAAUUCCAGUAUGACUCGGCAUAUCAGGGUUCCAUGGGUAGCUCCCGGGGUAGCUCUCUUCCUACCUCUGAGAUCUCGUUGUCCCGGCCUGUCAAGGUUCAAAAGAUCUCGACAGAUCCCAAUGUUUCGACGGGUUAUAUCGAAGCAAUGGACAUCGAUCCAACCUACCGGCCGCCAGCGGAGCGUCCAUCCAAGCCAAUCGCAUGUUUCUAUCUGCGUUUCUCGCACAAUGGAGCACCACAUGACGACUUCUAUCGUGCUAUCUAUUUGAGCGAGCGGACCGUUAGUGAUUUGAUAGAGAAGAUUUCGCACAAGCAGAACAUCGAUCCAAGUCGCGUUGUACACGUCCUCCACAUCAAAGAAAACGAUUUGAAGAUCAUGGUAGACGACGAAGUCGUUCGCGUACUCCCGGAUGGUCAAGAUAUGGAUGUCGAAAUCUCCGAAGUUUCCGACGCAUCAUACAGCAGCGAACAGCCUCCGAUCGCGUUGAAGCUGAGAUAUUAAAGAGCACUUCUGUCUGACUGACGCAACCGUGUGUUUGUCCUACGGGAUUGCACCCCGCAAUUAUUUUCGCCUUUCGAAUUAAUCAUACACGUUUCCAUACCUUUUUUUGUUCCCUGACUCGCCUCGGGUGUUCUGGACGACUGAGAAGUUUACGAAAAAUUCGAUCGUUUCCCGUGAUGUGACGCCUGGUGCGUGGCACGGAAGUAAUGACAUUGCACUGGGACGGCUUUUUCAGAUUCCCCCCCCCCCCCAGCUUUUUCGGGGGUUUUUC